AUGCCGCCUCCACCCCAUAUCAAGCCUGAAAAUGUCCUCAAGAGGGCUCAGGAACUCAUUGCCGUCGGUCAGGCGCCCGCCGCCUUGACCGUCCUCCACGAGCAUGUCACCUCCAAGCGCACCCGGAGCACCCCCAUCGCUUCGCUCGAGCCGGUGAUGAUCCUCUUUGUCGAAUUGUGUGUCGAUUUGCGCAAGGGAAAGGCGGCCAAGGAUGGCUUGUACCAGUACAAGAACAUCGCCCAGAACACUAAUGUCGGAACGAUCGAGACGGUUCUCAAGAAGUUCAUCGAGCUCGCGGAGCAGAAGGUUACGGAGGCCCAGGCCAAGGCCGACGAGAUCCAGUCCUCGCUGGAGUCCGCGGCUCCUUCGACCAACGUUGAGGACCUCGAGGCCAUCGAGACCCCCGAGACUAUCCUCCUUGCCACUGUCUCUGGUGAGCAGUCCCGGGAUCGUACUGAUCGUGCGGUCGUCACUCCGUGGCUCAAGUUCCUGUGGGAGACCUACCGGACGGUGCUCGAGAUCCUCAAGAACAAUGCGCGCCUCGAGGUCAUGUACCAGACCACCGCUCUGCAGGCGUUCCAAUUCUGCUUGAAGUACACCCGCAAGACCGAGUUCCGCAGACUGUGCGAGCUUCUCCGCAACCACGUCCAGAAUGCCGCCAAGUACUCGGCCCAGAUGCACUCCAUCAACCUCAGCGACCCGGACACCCUGCAGCGCCACUUGGACACGAGAUUCCAGCAGCUGAACGUUGCUGUCGAGUUGGAGCUAUGGCAGGAGGCUUUCCGCAGUGUGGAGGAUAUCCACACCUUGCUCAGCCUGAGCAAGCGUCCGGCCAAGAACGUCAUGAUGGCUAACUACUACGAGAAGCUGACCCGCAUCUUCCUCGUCAGCGAGAACUACCUCUUCCAUGCCGCUGCCUGGAGCCGUUACUACAACCUUCUCCGCCAGUCGGCCGCUACUCUGGCCGCUGGUCAGGGCUCCAAGAAGGACAACCCUUCGGUGACGGAGGCCGAUAUGACCAAGACCGCCUCGUUCGUUCUGCUGUCCGCUCUGGCUAUCCCCGUUAUCAGCACCUCCCGCUCUCGUGGUGCCCUGGUCGACGUUGAUGAGGUGCGCAAGAACAAGAAUGCUCGUCUCACCAACCUCCUGGGUAUGGCCCAGCACCCCACCAGAGCUGCUCUGUUCAAGGAUGCUCUGAACAAGGGUCUCCUGAAGCGCGUCCGCCCUGAGAUCCGUGACCUCUACAACAUCCUGGAGGUCGACUUCCACCCUCUUUCCAUCUGCAAGAAGAUCACCCCCAUUCUUCAGCAGAUUGGUGCGGACCCCGAGAUGGAGAAGUAUGUCGUGCCUCUGCAGCAGGUUAUCCUCACCCGCCUGUUCCAGCAGCUGUCGCAGGUCUACGAAACCGUCGAGCUCAAGUUCGUCUACGAGCUCGCCCAGUUCCCCGAGCCCUUCCAGAUCACUCGCUCGAUGAUCGAGAAGUUCAUCAUGAACGGCUGCAAGAAGGGUGACCUCGCCAUUCGUGUUAACCAUGUCUCGGGUGUGCUCACCUUCGACUCUGAUAUCUUCUCUUCCGCCAAGGCUAUCCACUCCGGCAGCGCUGCUGGUUCCGCUGAGAGCGAUGUGGGCACCGUUCAGCGCCUACAGAAGACCCCCUCCGAGAUUGCCCGUGCCCAGCUUUCGCGGUUGGCCAAGACUCUCCACAUUACUUGCAUGUACGUCGACCCAUCCUACAACGAGGCCCGUGUCCAGGCCAAGCAGCUGGCCCUCGCUCGCGCUCAGGCUGGCGCAGCCAAGGAGCACGAGGAGGCCCUGGCUCGUCGUGUCAUCAUCGAGAAGAGGAAGGAGGCUGCUACCGACGCCCUCCAGCGGAAGCAGAGGGAAGAGGAGACCCGCAAGCGUAUCCGAACUCAGCAGCUCCAGGAGGCUGAGAAGCAGAGACUGCUUGAUGAGCAGCGUGAGCGUGAGAAGAAGAGAAUCAAGGAUGAACAGGACCGUAUCCGCCAGCAGGAGCUCAAGAAGCAGCUGGAGGAGUUGAAGAGCGGUGUCAAGGGCAUCGAUGUCAGCGAGAUCGAUCUCGAGGAUCUCGACACAAACCGCCUCCGCGCACUGAAGCUGCAGCAGCUUGAGAAGGAGAAGAAUGAGCUCAAUGAUCGUAUCCGCAUCACUGCCAAGCGCAUUGAUCACCUGGAGAGAGCUUUCCGUCGUGAGGAGCUCAAGCACAUUCCCGAGGACUACGAGCAACAGAAGCAGCGAGACUUGGAGAUCUACGAGAAGAUCAAGGAGCAGACGCUGAAGGAGGCCGAGCAGAAGCACAAGGAAGACGUUGCUCUUAAGCACCGCCUGAGCCGCCUGGUGCCCGUCUUCAACAGCUACCGCAAGGAGCUGAACGAGAAGCGUCACGAGGAGUUCGAGAAGCGUCGCAAGGCCGCUGAGCGCGAAUUCGAGCAGAAGAAGAAGCAGCGUGUCAAGGAAGUCCAGGAGCGCAGACGCCGCGAGAGAAUGGAGCGUGAGGAGGAGGAGAGACGCCGUCGGGAGGAAGAAGAGCGUAUCAAACGUGAGGAGGAGGAGAGACUUGCCAAAGAAGAGGAACAGAGACGUAAGCUGGCCGAGCUCAAGGCGCAGCGUGAGGAGGAGAGAAGGAAACUCGACGAGAUUGCCGCCAAGCAGAGAGAGCGCGAGGAGGAGGCAGAGCGCCGCCGUGCUAUGCGCAAGACUGCUCCCGCUCCCGCUGCCGUUGCUGAGCCACCUGUCCGGGCUGAAACCGCCGAGCGUACUGCUCCUCGUCUUAACUUGGCUCCUCGCACUGCUGCUGCUGGAGGACCCAGCUGGAGAGAGCGCCAGGCUGCCAAGGAGGCUGCUGGUGGCGCCCCUGAGGCUCCCAAGGAAGAUGUUCCCCCUCUCCGCAGAACUGGUGGCUAUGUUCCUCCACACCAGCGUGGUGCCGCUACUAGCGUCACUCCCCGUGAUGCAUCUCCUGCUAAUGGCGGCGCUCCUGAGCGGUACGUCCCUCGCCAUAUGCGCGAAUCGAGCGCUUCGCAGCCCCCCUCCAGGACGCAGACUCCCCCAGCUGCCUCUGGUGAUGCGAAGCCCGCCGGCGGGAAGUGGGUGCCGCGGUGGAAGCAACAGCAGAGCUAA